UAUAAAAAAUUUUCUUUCUUCUCUUUUUUUUUUUUUUAAUUGUAUUGACAACACGUCAACGAAAAUGUAAAUUAACAACAAAAAAGUCGAUUAAAAUGUAAAAAAUUUAAUAAAUUUCGGUAAAUUAUUAAACAAAUUACCCUAAUUAAAUGAAAUAAUUGAAAAUAAAAAGGUUUUUUUUGGAAGAAAUUUAAACCAAACAAAGUUUCUCUUAGUUUUUCGACGACGACCUUCACUCUUUGUUAGUGUUAGUGUGUUGGUGUGUGUGUGUGUCAAGUGUGGGAAGCUCGACGAAGCCUUUUCUUUCCCAUUUUCUCACAAUUCCAGUUCCAGUGUUGUUGUGGUGGAAUAAAUUUCUUUUCGAUUUCAAUUCCAUUCAAUUCCUUGAAGAGUGUAUCCUUUUUUAUUUUUUUGUCGGGGGGGCGUUCAGCAUCGAAAGCAAGGAAAAUCCACGAGAUUUUAAUUGAUUCAUAACAACAAAAAACAACAACAAUGGCAUCGUCACAUCACAACGCCAAUCUGCUGAGCUCGGAUAUAUCGCGACGUAAUCCGCAGGACGAAUACGAAUUAAUACAGAAAAUUGGAUCGGGAACAUACGGCGAUGUUUACAAGGCAAAACGUCUGCAAAGCAACGAAUUAGCUGCUAUAAAAGUCAUUAAACUAGAACCCACCGACGACAUACAAAUCAUCCAGCAAGAGAUAAUAAUGAUGCGCGAUUGUCGUCAUCCGAACAUCAUUGCCUACUACGGUUCAUACCUGCGACGGGACAAACUCUGGAUAUGCAUGGAGUAUUGCGGUGGUGGCAGCCUUCAGGACAUCUACCAAGUGACUGGGCCACUAACUGAACAACAGAUUGCCUACAUGUGUAGAGAGACACUAAAAGGACUCGAGUACCUGCAUCAAAUGGGUAAAAUGCAUCGUGAUAUAAAAGGAGCCAACAUCCUGCUAACAGAAUACGGUGACGUAAAAUUGGCCGAUUUCGGUGUGUCAGCACAAAUUACAGCAACGAUAAAUAAGAGAAAGAGCUUUAUAGGAACACCUUAUUGGAUGGCGCCAGAGGUAGCAGCUGUUGAACGGAAGGGUGGUUACAAUCAAUUAUGUGAUAUAUGGGCGUGCGGAAUUACAGCUAUUGAACUUGCUGAACUCCAACCUCCAAUGUUUGAUCUCCAUCCAAUGCGUGCAUUGUUCCUAAUGUCAAAAAGUGGCUUCAAGCCACCAGCACUGAAAGACAAGGACAAAUGGAGUCCAACAUUUCACAAUUUCAUCAAAACAGCGCUAACAAAAAAUCCAAAGAAGCGUCCAACUGCCGAACGAUUGUUACAACAUCCGUUUGUCCAAAGUGAAAUGUCCGUUCGCGUUGCCAAGGAAUUACUGCAAAAGUAUCUUAGCCCGAAUCAAUUUUAUUUCUAUUUGGAUGGCGAUGAUGAGACUGUUGCUGGUGUACCACAAAGAAUAGCUAGUAAAAUGACUGCAAGGCCGAAUGGUAUCUCCCCGCAGAACCAUACAUUAAGAACAGCAAUGCAAACAUCCCAAUGGAACGAACGAUCAUCUAGUCCAGAAACUCUACCAAGCGAUAUAAAUAAAGAGCAGACUCGAGAGUCAAAAGUUAGUGGAACAAUGAUUUUCAAUAUGUCCUUAAGGAGCCUCUUACAAUAUAUUGAUGAGGAGCUCAAGCUCAGAGCAACUCUACCACUCACCGAUAAUACCAAAGAUAUACUCAAUCCUGAUUGCUUAUGUCCACAUUCGGCCAUCAAUGGAAUAAGUCCUACUGAUGUAAGCGGAAAUAGUGGAGGAGGCAAUAAUGUUGGUGGUGGUGGUGGCAACAGUCGUGGUGGCCUCGUUACUGAUAAUGCAGGACCACUAUCCACGAGUAUGAUUAGUAAUUUACGAACAACAGCUGUAGACGCAAUGAUGCCAUCAACUAAUGCCAUCAUCAAUAAUAGCAACAACAGCAACAGCAAUAGUAGUAAUAUUAGUAGUACAUCAAAUGGUCAAAUGUUGCUAAGAGAAAAUAGCAGUGGAAGCAAUAGUGGACAUGGUGGACAUGGCCAUGGAUCAAGCUCCUCCAGUGCUGCCCAGCAGGCAAUUUAUGCAAAUUUGGAAAGUAUGUACGCAACUGUAUCGGCAUCUGUAUCGUCGUCGUCCUCAUCAUCAUCAGCAGCAGCAAAUGCUGCUGCUGCGAGGACACAAGCAAAUAAUGUAUCGAACAGUAAUAGCAAUAACUAUAUGAGUAGUAAUAGCGAUGCGAAUAGCAGCCAUAACUGUGAUUUUAGGAAUGAAAGUAAUCAGAAUGGAGUCGAAGAUUCUCCACGAAGACAUAGUUCGAUGGACCAAUUAAUGGGUUUACUCAACGAUAUGGGUAAAUCAUCAAGGACGAGAAGCCUAAGUGAUAGUGGAACACAAGAAGAAGAAAAAGAAAGAGAAACCCAACCCGACCUACUCAACAAUACACCUCCUGUGCCUCCGAAGAGAUCCCAUCGAAGACGACACACCCCGCCACGACCCAUUUCGAAUGGUUUACCGCCCACACCAAAGGUCCAUAUGGGCGCAUGCUUUUCGAAAAUAUUCAAUGGCUGUCCACUGCGUGUUCAUUGUACAGCCUCAUGGAUCCAUCCGGAGACACGUGAUCAGCAUUUGUUGAUUGGAGCCGAAGAGGGUAUAUUCAAUUUGAAUAUGAAUGAAUUGCAUGAUGCUGCCAUCGAUCAGUUAUUCCCGAGACGAACAACUUGGCUGUAUGUGAUUAAGGAUGUUUUAAUGAGUUUGUCUGGAAAAUCCUGCCAACUAUAUCGACACGACUUAAUUGCCCUACACUCCAAACAAACUCACCGUUUCUCCCUGCACAUGAAUAAGAUUCCCGAAAGACUGGUACCGCGCAAAUUUGCCCUCACAACGAAAGUUCCCGACACCAAAGGUUGCACCCAAUGCUGUGUCACCCGCAAUCCAUACAAUGGUUAUAAAUAUUUGUGUGGCGCAACGCCAUCUGGCAUCUUCCUAAUGCAAUGGUAUGAUCCAUUGAAUAAAUUUAUGUUGCUCAAGCAAUGCGAAUGGCCAUCGAAUUCCGGUGUAAUUGGUGGUCAUAUAGUUCAGAAUGGUGGACAGACACCAGUUUUUGAGAUGAUAAUUACUCCUGAGCUGGAGUAUCCGAUUGUGUGCACGGGAGUUCGUAAGGGUAUGAAUGGCAGCUUGAGACUUGAAUUGAUCAACAUGAACAGUGCGGGAUGGUUCCAUUCAGAUGAUUUGGAAUUUGAUGGAACUGCGACUAUGGUACCACGACGGGAGUUCAUUAAAGUUGUUAAAGUUCAUCAAGUGGAGAAGGAUGCAAUUUUAGUUUGUUAUGGAAAUAUUAUACAAAUUGUAACGCUCCAGGGUAAUCCAAAGCAGCACAAGAAAAUGGUCUCACAAUUGACUUUAGAUUUUACUGUCGAGAGUAUAGUCUGUCUACCGGAUAGUAUUUUGGCAUUCCACAAGCACGGCAUGCAGGGCAAGUCGUUGAGGAAUGGCGAGGUUACACAAGAAAUCAAAGAUAUGUGUCGAACAUACAGGCUAUUGGGAUGUGAUAAAGUCGUUGCCCUUGAAAGUCAACUAUAUAGAACUGGUUCACUUGGAAGUGACGAAGGACACGACCUCUAUAUAUUAGCAGGGCACGAAGCCAGUUACUAAAUAAAUAAAAUAACAAACAAAACAAAAAAAAAAA